GGUGGACCCCAGAGCAUGGAAUACAUCCAUGACAGUGAUGGUAGUUCCAGCAGCAGCCACCAGAGCCUCAAGAGCACGGCCAAGUGGGCGGCCUCCCUAGAGAAUCUGCUGGAGGACCCAGAAGGCGUGAAGAGAUUUAGGGAAUUUUUAAAAAAGGAAUUCAGUGAAGAAAAUGUCCUGUUUUGGCUUGCCUGUGAAGACUUUAAGAAAAUGCAAGAUAAGGAGCAGAUGCAGGAAAAGGCCAAGGAGAUCUACAUGACCUUUCUGUCCAAUAAAGCCUCGUCCCAAGUCAAUGUGGAGGGGCAGUCUCUUCUCAAUGAGAAGAUCCUGGAAGAGCCACACCCACUGAUGUUCCAGAAACUCCAGGAACAGAUCUUCAAUCUCAUGAAGUAUGACAGCUACAGCCGCUUCUUAAAGUCUGACUUGUUUUUAAAACACAAGCGAACUGAGGAGGAGGAGGAGCCACCUGAUGCUCAAACUUCAGCUAAACGAGCUUCCAGAAUUUAUAACACAUGAUCCCUCAAAUGCCGGGACUGCUGCCUUCACAGAGCAAAGGGAUUUAUUCUCAGGACUGUGCAGGAUUGUCAUUGCUUUGUAAUGUGCAAAGAUCGAAAUGUACAAAACCCUUCAGUGGGAUAUGUGUAUUUUAUUAACUGCUUGACCAAUAAGUUUUGCAUGAUGACUAAUCUUACGUUAAAAAAAAAAUAGCUUUGAAAUUUCAACUCAUAGAACAGAGAUUCCUUCAACAUUGGACACUGGGAGCAUUUUCCAGCUUGAUUAAACUUCAUGUGAAGCCACAAGGUGAAACAUAACAGCCACAUACACCUUAUAUGUCUUGGCU